AUGGACUACUCCUACCUCAACUCCUACGAGUCCUGCGUGGCCGCCAUGGAGGCGAGCUACGAGUUCAGCCCCUGCAGCCAGGCGGGCUCCUUCCAGUACAGCCCCAUGCGGGGGGGCUUCGGGCCUGCGCCCGCCUGCGCCCCCCUCGCCUCCGCCAGCUGCGCCCUGGGCGCCCUCCGCGACCACCAGCCCUCGCCCUACUCGGCAGUUCCCUACAAAUUCUUCUCGGACCCGUCGGGGAUCAACGAGAAGCGGAAGCAGCGGCGGAUCCGCACGACGUUCACCAGCUCGCAGCUGAAGGAGCUGGAGCGGGUCUUUGCCGAGACUCACUACCCCGACAUCUACACCCGCGAGGAGCUGGCGCUCAAGAUCGACCUCACCGAGGCGCGGGUGCAGCAUGGGAGGGCUGCCUGCACCCACAGGCUCCCCGAAGCCCCAGGGACUAUGGCAAGGGGUGCUCCCACCCCCUCCAUCCCCCUCCAGGUGUGGUUCCAGAACCGUCGAGCCAAAUUCCGCAAGCAGGAGCGCGCCGCCAACGCCAAGGGUGCCAGCGGCACCGGCAGCAGCGGGAAGAAGUCGGAGCCACGCUCCUCCUCAGAAGACGACGAAUCCAAGGAGUCCAACUGCAGCCCGACCCCCGACAGCACGGCCUCGCUGCCCGCCGCCGCCCUGGGCAGCCCCGGCGGCAGCCUGAGCCCCAGCCCCGGCGCGGGGGCGCCCCUGGGACCCGGCCAUGCCCCCCAGCCCCUCAAGGCGCCGCUCUGGGCGGGGGUGGGGGGCGGCAGCGGAGCCCCCAACACGGCCGAGCUGCUGAAGGCCUGGCAGCCCACCGAGGCUGUGCCGGGACCCUUCUCCGGCGUCCUCUCCUCCUUCCAUCGGAAACCGAACGGCAUCAAGACAAACCUCUUCUGA